AUGUCCACCGAUUCUCCUAUGGAGGUGACUAAGGACGAUAAACCAGUCAUCGAAGAGAAACCUGACAAGCGACGUGUCUCUGGCCCGGCCAGACGGUCGCGUCGGAAGAAGGACGACGACACCAACACCCCCGAUACUCCUUCAAAAGAUACUCCUUCAAAAUCCAAAGCCGAGCCAAAAGAAAAGCCAACUCGAGCACCUCGCCGCCCGAGAGAAAAGUCAAACGCUACUGCCGCCUCUCGCAAGAAACCCAAGCUGGAGCAACCAGAAGAAGCCACACCCGCGGCGCCAGCACCUGCGACGGCAAACCCUCGGAGUCCUCCCCAAUCACAACCAACACAGCAAUCGCAACCCCAACCUCCACCCCAACCUCAAUCUCAAUCUCAACCCGUCCUGACACCUCCGCAACCUGCUCCUGUUGCUCCGGCGCCAUCUUAUACAAGCCCUCAUCCUGCACCAGCCUCGGCGCCGAACUACGCCUUGUCACAGCCAUAUCCACAACCAUCGCAGCCUCCACCCCAGGCCACUCAACCUGCCCCGCAUCGCACCAGUGGUCAAAACUUCGACCCAAUUCGAUCGGCCUUUGAUAACCCAUCUCCAGCUCCAGCCUAUAGUCCGACCCCUGCCAAGUCGCCACAGCCUAAUUAUCGUGCCAGCGCGUCACCCGCGAUCUCCAGCAUUAUUGACCCACCGACCCAAAAUGCCCGCAUAUACACUCCACUGCCGCGCUCAUCUUCGGCCCAUGUUUCUGCGGUGUCCUCUCCAGUACCAACGCCGACAUACCCAUCAUUAGGACCGUCGGCGCUACCCGCGUCAUCACCGUCGCAUGGAACGGUCCAUGUACCACCGGCCCUGCAAUCUUCGAGCCACUAUAGCACUCCGUAUCCGCCAUCAGAUCAACGCCCUUACCAUUCACAGCCGCCUGCGUUAGAGUUGUCACCACCGGUUUUGCCGCAACAGCAGCAGAAACCACCAAUGCAACCCCAGGUCCAGGCCCAACCACAGACCCAGCCUCGGCAACCGCAAACCCCAGCGCAAAAGUCUACGCCGCAACGGCCCACUCAACAAAAUGACGCAAUGGAGAUCGACUCCAAGCCGCCAAAAGAGCAGCCAGUGUCAAGUGCAAAGAAAGAAAAGGGUGCUGCGACGGCCCCCUCAUCGAAGGCGCCAUCCCCCAAGCCGGCGCGCGCAGCCAAGGAAACUCCACAGCUCCCUCAAGGCUCAGGCUUAAUUACCAAUGCGCUGUUUGGCAUGGGAGGCGACGAUUCCUCCAAAUCACCCGAUUCGCGUUCGACGCCCAACAUAGUGGUGCACAUCCCGCUGUCAAAAGGCAACCAGAUCAUAAAUUUCGCGCAGCUGGCAGAGGAACAGUACGGCUUUGCGGCCUUGCAUCCUCGCUUAGCGGCUCACAAAGAUCGCCUCGCCCGUGUAGCUGCCGCUGGCGCUGCAUUGGAGCGAAAUGAAAAGGGACUGACUGAAAGUGCGGAUGAGGAUCUCAGCCUUGAAGCAGACCGCGACAGCGAUGUGGAUGGAGAUGUCACCAUGAGUGGUGCGGGAACUGGCACUAAUGGUGUGACUUCGGACGCUGGGGACGGAAAGAAGAAAAGACGCAAGAAGGUUGAGGAGUACGAUCGGGAUGAUCCAUUUGUCGACGACACGGAGAUGGCAUGGCAGGAACAAGCUGCGGCCAGUAAAGAUGGAUUCUUUGUGUAUAGUGGCCCGCUGGUGCCGGAGGGGGAGAAGGUCCAGGUGGAACGUGCGGAUGGAACCAUUAAGCGUGGUCGAGGUCGUGGCCGCGGGGCGGGUCGUGGUAGAGCAUUGGCCUCUCACCCUCACGUCGCUAUUGCUGCCGCUGUGCCUAUUUCCCAGGAUACCGGUCUGCCUCUUCGUGGACCCGGUUCGAGAGGAGGAACCUCUCGCAGGCCACGAGGGGCCAAGAAGGCCGAGCAGGGCGAUAAAGGCACUCCUGAUCGCAAUGGCAUUACUGCGUCUGCGGCUCACGAAGGUCGCGGUGGCCGUGCAGGAGGUGUUGCGGGAUCCGGCCGUGGAGGAAGUUCUGCCAGCACUCGUGGUGGUAAAUCCAGCUCGAUGAUGAGCAUGGUGGAUAUGGCAUCCUCGCCUUUGUCCAAUUCCACUCCCAAUAUCACUCCUGUCCAGGGCCCGAGUCCUUUGGCUGGGCCGGAGUUGGUUAUGAAAUAG